CUUCUUCCUCUUCAAUUUCAUCAUCUUCAAACCCAAAACCCAGAAAAAUCUAUGAAACCCCAAAUUAAGUAAAACCCAAAAUACCCACACUUUUCCCCCUCUAUCACCCUGUCUCUCAUCAUUGAAUCACUCUCCAUCACCUAACCUUUCGAGAUCUGGUCAUAAUGUGAGAACGAUCACGAAAUCAAAAGUGCUUCCAGUGGAUGAGGAAUCCAAGAACCCAAAAUAAGAGAAUGAAGAAACCCCAUGAUUCCAGAAUGUAAAAAGAUUCAUAUUUUUUCUAAGAAAUUGAAGGGAGAAGAGGAAAAGGAGAAAGAGGUAAAACCCACGUCUUCCUUCAUCACUUUCAGACUCGGAUUUGCGAGAGGAAAAUGAAAGGAGAAGAAGAGGUAAAACCCAUGGCUUCAAUUCGUCCCUUUCAACGACCCAGAUAUGUUUGAUUCCAGAUAUGGUGGCGGUAGUUUGAUUCCAGUCUCCAGAUAUGGUGGCGGUAGUUUGAUUCCAGAUAUGUUUUCUUUCUUUGGAAAUUUUUUAUCCUGUCAUUUUUCCAUCCAGAUAUGUUAUUAUAUUUCCUAUCCUUCCAGAUUUGUUUGAUUUCAUAUUCCAAAUUGCAUCUGUUGUUCUAGAUAUGCUGCAAAGAAAUUACAUGUUAUGAAUUUUUUAAUUUGCAAGAUUGAAAUCUGCAGCAAAGAAAUUACAUGAAAUGUUAUGAAAAGAUUCAAAGUUUUCCAUGGAAUGAAGAUGAUGAAAUUGAAGAGGAAGAAGAUAAAGAAAGAUAAAGAACAAUAUUCAUGUUUUAUGAGUUUUAAUUUUAAUAUUUAAUAUUUAAUUCUUUAUUAGGAGAGAUAAACAUUUGAAAACUAACGGAAUAGAGGGUCCGGACUAAAGUUGCUAACGAAGCAUAACGUGGGGGACACUCCAUGCAAUAAAAUUUUGUUGGGGACCGGAAUCGUGGCUUUUGUAAUCGUGGGGACCAAAAGUGCAAUUAAGCCAAAUAUAUUCUAUCUCUCGAAACUAUACCUAUAGCAAAAAGAAUCAAGGAGAGCAUUGAACGUAUCUCACAACUAAUAAGCGUAAGAUUAAUCUUUCUCCUCAUAGUCAUUGCACUAAGCGGAAGGAAACUGAUUAACCACUUCUAAAAAGAAAAAAAAUAUAUCAUUCAAAGAUGGGGGUGGCAAAUAAUAUAGCAUUAUAGCAACACAUUUCAUCAGAAUAAAUUUAUACAUCUUCCCAAGUAGAAGCAGGACCUACACAUAGAACAGAAUAGAACAGGAACGAUCGAGACGAAGCAAGCAUAGCAAUGGGCAAUUCUCAGUCACCUCAAAGCGAUCCUCAAUACGUUUCUGCAUCCAGAGCUUUUACUCAAAAGGGACUACAAGACUUGAAGUCUCUGUUCAAUUCUCUCGCAUCUCAAUCCCAAAGCAAUGGAGAACACGUUUCUCCCUCUGUUUUUCAGUCAUAUUUUAGACUCAAUGGUCCUGUUGGGGAGAGGAUGUUUGAUUUAGUUACUCAGGAGCGUAAGGAUCAAAGGUUAACCUUUGAAGACCUCGUUGUUGCUAAAGCUACUUAUGAGAAAGGAACGAAAGACGAAAUUGACGAAUUCAUCUUUCGCUUAUUAGAUGUAUCUGGUGAUAAUUUUGUGGGGAGGUCUGAUUUGGAAUCUGUUAUGAUUGCCAUAUUCAAUGAUAUAUUAUGCAUAAAUAAUUCUGAAGAAAGAUCAAGUUCAAAUCAGGAUGUUGUCAACAUAUUUCUGAAUGCUGCAAAUUUCUCCGUGCAUGAAGGGUGUACUGAGGAGACUAUGUCUUUUGAAGAUUUCAGAAAUUGGUGUACUCAUCUCCCGUCUGUGAGGAAGCUUCUUGGUAGCUUACUUUUGCCACCUGAUUCAGGACGACCAGGUUCUCAAAUUCCUAAACUAUUGACCUCAAAAGGUGUUGAUUCGAACAUUACACUUUUAAGAGAGGAAUAUGCUUGGCACAUAGGAGGAGCACUUUCUCAGCAAGAGUUGGAAGAUUGGAAGAUUUUGUAUCAUAGUGCUGUUAAUGGUCUUAGUUUUAAUACAUUCUUGGGCAACAUUUCAAGUCAUGAAGGUCCGACCGUAUUAAUUAUCAAGGACACAGAGGGUUAUAUAUAUGGAGGAUAUGCUUCUCAACCAUGGGAGCGACAUGCUGAGUUUUACGGAGACAUGAAAUCUUACCUUUUUCAACUAUAUCCAAAGGCAUCUAUAUUCAGGCCUACCGGAGCAAACAAUAAUCUACAAUGGUGCGCGGCCAACUUCAGUUCAGAGGACAUUCCAAAUGGCAUUGGUUUUGGGGGACGAGUGCAUCAUUUUGGUUUGUUUAUCUCAGCAAACUUCGAUCAAGGACACACAUUUUCAUGUUCUACAUUUGGUAGCCCUUGCCUCACCAAGACAAACCGUAUAUUGCCAGAAGUAAUAGAGUGCUGGGGAGUGACUCAAGGUGCGGUACAAGGCAAGAAUGAUGCGGUGAAGGGCACUAUACUUGAGAGGUUUAAGGAAGAUCGAAACAUGCUCAAUAUGGUAGGCCUAGCAAAUUCCAGCGAGUAAGUUGUUGUUAAUAUGUACCCAAAACGAUGUUUGUAAACCAGUUUUUUCUAAUAUACAUUCACAUGAGUUAUGAGAAAAAAAGUAAAAGAAACUUUGUUGUUCUGUUGCCUUGAAAGUCCUAUUAGAGCAACUUAACUAUACCUAAACACACUUGCUAUGUAGCAGUAACUCUUUGUAAAAUUAAGUAAACUUCACCUGAGGUUUUUUGUUGUUUAAUAAUUCAGUUUGGUACCUUGAGAAGAUUGUACUCA